CCUCUCAGCUCCUCCAAUUCAGCAUCCUCUUCAUCAUCAACCACCUACUCCGACCCUCCAGAUCCACAAUGGCGGUGCUGUGGCUCCAGACGGUGUCUCUUCUGGUCCUGUCGCUAGCGUGGAGUCCGGACUACCAGGCCGCCGCCUCCCCGCAGCACCUGUGCGGCUCUCACCUGGUGGACGCCCUGUACCUGGUGUGCGGCGAGAGAGGCUUCUUCUACAACCCCAAGAGGGACGUGGACCCCCUGCUGGGCUUCCUCGCGCCAAAAGUGGGCGGGGCUGCAGGCGGCGACAACGAGGUGAUGGAGUUGGGCUUCAAGGACCAGAUGGAGGCGAUGGUGAAGCGAGGCAUCGUGGAGCAGUGCUGCCACAAACCUUGUAACAUCUUUGACCUGCAGAACUACUGCAACUGAGCAUACUCUAACCUAGCCUAGCCUAGCUUAGCUUAGUGAUGUUACAAAAGAAUCAUCAAAUUAUUUUUCCUAAAAAAUAAAAUUUUCUUCACUGAAACAG